AUGGUUAAAAUAAGUGAAAUAAAUAGAACUUCGACUUUUGUUUGGAGUCUGGAUAGUCUUCCAUUAUUAGCUACAGGUACUGUUGCAGGAACUGUUGAUAUUGAUUUUAAUUCAUCAGCAACUUUAGAAAUAUGGGAUAUUUUUUCACCUACAAAUAAUGAUAAACCUAUUUUUUCUACAUCUGUUGAAAAUAGAUUUAAUGCAUUAGCUUGGUCAAAACCAUUUGAAGGUAAACCUAAAGGAUUAUUAGCUGGUGCUUUUGAAAAUGGAGAUAUUCAAUUUUGGGAUGCAGAUAUAUUAAUUAAAACAAAAGAUGUUUCAAAAGCUUCUGUACAUAAAAUUGAAAAAUCAAAAGGAGUAACAAAAUCAUUACAAUUUAAUCCAAUUCAACCUCAUAUUUUAGUUACUGGUGGAACUAAUGGAUCAAUUCUUAUAUGGGAUACAAAGACAUUUAAAGAACCUUUUGGACCUGGUCAAGCAAUGACUCCAAUGGAUGAAAUAAGUUGUGUUGCAUGGAAUAACUCAGUCAGUCAUAUUUUUGCAAGUACAGGUAAUAGUGGUUAUACAUCAAUAUGGGAUUUAAAAACUAAAAAAGAAGUUUUGCAUUUAUCAUAUAAUAGUUCAUCAGGUAGAGCCAAUUUUUCACAUGUUGCUUGGCAUCCAACUAAAUCUACUCAAUUAGUAACUGCAAGUGAUAAUGAUUCUAGUCCAGUAAUUUUAACAUGGGAUUUAAGAAAUUCAAAUGCUCCAGAAAAAGUUUUGGAAGGUCAUAAAAAGGGAGUAUUAUCAUUAGAUUGGUGCAAACAAGAUCCAGAUUUAUUAAUUUCAAGUGGUAAAGAUAAUUCUACUUUAUUAUGGAAUCCAAUAAAAGGUAUAAAAUUGGGAGAAUAUCCAACAACUGCUAAUUGGGCUUUUAAAACUAGAUUUGCUCCUUCAGCUCCCGAUAUUUUUGCAACUGCUUCUUUUGAUGGGAAAAUCAUCAUUCAAACUAUUCAGGAUACUUCACCACCAGUAUCAACAAAAGUUAAUGCAUCUAAUGAUGAUAAUGAAUUCUGGAGUGAAUUAUCUGUUACUGAAACCCAGCAACCUGUAUUUGAAACACAACAAGCUCCAAAAUGGUUGAAAAAUCCUACUAAUGUUUCAUUCGGUUUUGGAUCUAAAUUAGUUAUAGUGAAAAAUAGUCCUAAACCUAUCAUUACCAUCAACAAAUUUUUAGUUAAAGGACAUGAAAAAUCAGAUAAAAUUUUUAAAGAUUUGAAAGAUGAAAAUUAUGAAGCAAUAAUAGAUGUACAUUUGAAUGAUGAUAAAAUUAAUGAUCUUGAUAAAGCUGAUUGGGAAGUUUUGAAAAACUUUUCAAAACAUGGAAAGACAGAUUUAUUUGAGGAAGAAGAUCAAGAAAAUAAUGAUAACAAUAAAAAAGAUGAAAAGGAGGAGGAAAAUAAUGGAAAAUCAGAACUUAAAGAAGAUGGUGAUGAUGAUUUUUUUUCACAUCUCGGCAAUGGUAAUGCUUCUACUAAAAAGACUUUCACACCACUGGGUGACUUCACAAUUUAUAAAUCAAGUUCUUCUGAUGUUGAUAAAAAAUUGAUCAAUUUAAUUUUAAAAAAUAAAAUUGAAGAGGCUGUAGAAUCAAGUUUGAGUCAAGAUAAAUUAAUUGAUGCUUUAGUUUUAGCUUUGGAUGCUCCAUCAACAGUUAAGGAGAGUGUCAAAAAUGCAUAUUUUGAAAAAUAUAAAACCAAUAGUUUGUCAAGAGUUAUUUACAAUGUUUCAUCAAAGAAUGUCACUGAUCUCGUUGCUAAUGCAAAUGUCAGCAACUUUAAAGAAAUUGCUAUUGGUAUUCAAUCAUUUACUGCUGAUACAGAUGAAUAUAAUAAGAAAAUGACAGAAUUAGGUGAUAGACUUUUAGAUGCUAAUAAAGACAAUAGAGAUGAUGCAAUUACUUGCUACUUAGCUGGUUCUGCUUUAGAUAAAAUAGCUAAUCUUUGGUUACAAGAAUUACCAGCUUUAGAAUCAGAUCUAUUAAAAUCAAAAUCAAAAGAUAUUUCUACACCUUCGGAAGCUCGUUUACAAGCAUUAACAAAUUUUAUUGAAAAAAUUGCAACCUACAGACAUUAUUCAAAGACAGAAAGUAUUAUAUCUGGUCCAUUAGUAGAACCAAUUUCAAAAGCUAUAUUGGAGUUUGUAAAUCUUGUAGCUGGCACUGGUGAAUUCGAUUUAGCUAGUAAAUUUUUACAAUUAUUACCUAGUGAAUUUGCAGGUGUUGAAAAAGAAAGAAUUUUAAAAGCUACUGGUAAAGAUGUUACCAAAUCUACAGCUAAAUCAAAAACAGAAUCAAAAGCAUUACCUAAAACAUUACCAAAAAAGACAGCACAUCCAAGUGGUUCAAAUCCUUCUGUACCUCAAGCACAAUAUCAACAACCACAACAAUACGCAACACAACAGCAGUAUCAACAACCUCACCAAUAUCAACCACCACAACAAUAUCAACAACAACAACAACAAUAUAGUAGAUCAUCAUCAAUUCCUCAAAUUCCACCUGUUGCUCAACAACCACCAAUUUCACAGCCUAUCAACAACUAUCCAACUGCUGCCCCAAAAUCUAAUCCAUACGCCAAAUCAAAUCCAUAUGCACCAUCAAACAUUUACAAAGCUGCAUCACCAGUUGCUACACCAGCGGCUAGCCAAUUAAAUAUCGGAGUUCCUCCUCCACCUCCAGGUGGAUCUAAAUCUAAACUGCAAACCGAGGGUUGGAACGAUUUACCUGAUUCAUUCAAAACAAAAGCUAGUGCUCCACGUAGACCAGCUGCUGCUGUUGCAGGUGCUCCAUCUACACCAUCUCCAGCUCCAAUAUCUUCUCAUCCUAGUCAAACUAACAUCAACUCAUUUGGUCCACCAAAAAGAAACAUCUCAACAAACAAUGUAGCUCCUCCACCACCAAAAACUGCAAGUCGUUCAGUAUCAAAAUCAUCUAUACCAACACAAUCACAAUCUGUUUCAUCACCAAAGCCACAACCAUCAAGUAAAUAUGCACCACCACCAGGAGCUGAACCAUCUGUACCAACUCCUGGAUUUACUGCACCACCAACAGCAACUGCAUCACCUCGUGCAGCUAAGAAAAAUCCAUAUGCUCCAACAACUGAAAAUAUACCAUCUAAAGUUACUUACGCAUCUCCACCAGCUCAACUGAUUUCAAAUGGACCUCCAAGUCAUAUAGCUAUGCCACCAAAAAAUCCUUAUGCACCAGGACCAGCAUUUACACCAACUAAAGGAAUUGCAUUACCAGAAAAUAAUUUUGGAUCUGCACCACCACCUCAAUUACCUUUUGGAACUUCCAUGGCAACUCCGGUUCAACCAGCUUUCAGUGGUGUUCCUCCUCCACCUCCUCCAACUGGACCAUCAAUUAGAAACCAACCUCCUGCAACACCUACUGCACAAACCUCACAAACUCAAACACCAGCACCUGAACCAGUUAGCACCAAACAUCCUAAAGGUGAUAGAUCUCAUAUCCCUGAAGAUUCAUUACCAAUCUAUCAAUCAUUAAGUAAAGUAGUUGAAGCAAUUAAACCAAAUAUACCAGAAAAAUAUGCAAGACAUGGAGCAGAUAUGGAACAAAGAUUAAAUAUUUUAUUUGAUCAUUUAAAUAAUGAAGAAAUUAGUAAAUCAUUAAUUACAUCAUUAACUCAAGUAAGUUCAAGUUUAGAACAAAAAGAUUUUGAUCAAGCAAAAGCUUUAAAUGUUGAAGUUGCAACUAAUUUUAGUGAUGAAUUAGGUAAUUGGCAUACAGGAAUAAAACGUUUAAUUACAAUGGCUGAAGCAAUGUAUUAA